AUGGAGCCGCUGUCUGCCGCUUCGAGCGUGUUUGCGGUAGUGUCCGUUGCGAUUGAGCUGGCUAAGGUUAUAAAUAAGCUGGUCAUUUUCUGCAACGCGGUGCAGGAAGCUCCAUCUGGACUUGGAAGAUUAGUUGAAGAUUUGGAAGUCUUGGGUGAGCUGCUUGAACAAGUGCACGCUGUUGCUUUUGAGGCCAAGGGAAGUGAGAGAUACAUUGAGAGAGCAGUUGAUAGGUGCAGAGUCACUGUCGAGAAACUUGAGGAGGUCAUCUGGAAACCGAGCGUUGAUUUGCGAUCUGAGAAGAGUGGAAGGAGAUUCAGAGGACGAGUGAGGAUCGCGUUGGGGCAGACUCAGAUUGACGCUUUGAGGGAGGAGAUUGAGAGAGCAAAGUCGCAGUUACAAGUUGCGCAGCUGGAUGCUUUGAUUCGGCUAUCACACUCCCAUCACCGCAGUCAAAAACAAUAUCUUCUGGCGGUCAGCAAUUCGACACAAGAAGGCUUCAGCAAAAUCCUCUUCGAGCAACGCCAGCUCUCGGACGCCAUGCAGCUCCUCAUCCAAGGAGACUCCGAGGUUGGUAGAGAUAUGUGUAUCGAAAUCAAGACAGAGACCAGAUCAGAUUUGGAUCCCAAGACGAACUUUCCAAGUCAGAAUGCUGUUAAGUACGAAACGGUUGCAAUACGCGAGACACACAUGAUCAAUUGUCUCGUCACUCUUCAAAGACGUACGAAAUCUCGCCGCACCACGAGGAUUAUUCAACAGGAGGCCAGAUCAACAAACGAAGAGCAUGUCGACUACGUCCUGUAUCCAACUAACUUCCUUCGACGGUUGGGCUUCGCUUACGGACUGGUGAUGCAGACGAGAUCAACGAGCUGGCAAUUCACUCUGCAACCCUUUAAUGUCAUCAAAAAAACAUCUCCAAUCUUCGAGUUCUGCAGGAAUGGGAAUGUGGAGGCAGUACAGACUUUGAUUGGGCUUGGGGAGGCGUCGGUUAGAGAUCGGGAUCCGGAUGGCAGAACGCCUUUAUGGAUUGCUGCGCACUCACUACAACCUGAUGUUGCAGAGUUGUUGUUACAAGAAGGUGCCGAUCCGCAUGUCAACGACUGGCGUGGUAAACGUCCACCCAUCGCAGCCAUCCAAGAAAGCGUUUCGACUGAUGUCAACAAAAAGCUGUCCCUCCUCUCCCUCUUCCAGACCUAUGCCCCUGAUGGCCACGAUGAAUUAGCAGUCUGGUACUCUACCGGCAUGAUCCUCCACUCUUACCGCCCUCAACGGAUCAUACCCAUGGAUCUAGCCUCCCGUAAGCAAGCAGCCCAAACACUAUUUCGCCAAGUCUCACACCUCCUCCCUCGCGAUGAUGAGCACUGGAUCUCGAUUCUCAUCUUAAUGAUGCAGCUUUUCUACGAUGCUGAACUUAUUCGCUGGACGUUAAAUCAAAUCCAAGGCGUAAUUCCACAGACCGAGGAGAGGAGUGCGGUGCAUAGAGCCCUGGCCAUGAAGUUAUUUGUUAAGGGUCCUGUUGCUGCAGAGAUGGUGGUAAGAAAGACGGAGGAUUUGCAUCGGCCUUGGGGGUCGAUAUAUUGGUGCGUGCCGCCAGCGACGCCGAUGACUCUGGCAUUGUAUCAGCCAAGGUUGUUUCUUGCUUGGGUUGGGGUAUUGAGAAAUGCUGGAAUUGAUAUUGAAGAGUUUGUGAAGGAGGAGUUGGAGGGUGAUGGGAGCUUUUUGAGGAGUGAGGGGUGGGAGGUGGAUUCGUUGACGAGAGCAUGUAGGUUACAACUCUGGGAUGGUGUAGUGACGAGCAAGAGUGGGUUCUUCGGCUGUGAGCGGUGUGGGAAAGUAGAGGGAUAUGCGCCGAUGAAAGUUGAUUUGGAGUGGAGGAGGAGGCUGAGAGACGUCAGGAUGAAGCAACGAAGCGAGGUCGCGAUGAUCACUGUGGCUUCGGAGGAGAUCGAAUCAACGCCUCCAAAAGCAACAUCCACGGAAAAAGUGCUGCCGAAGGAGAUACUUGGGUAUGGCAUUGAUGCUAUGGAAAAGCUGCCAUACACAAUUGUCUGCUCAGAUGGGUGCCUGGAUGGAGUUUGUGUUGCUUGGGUAUUCGAGGAUUCGUCAACGGCAGUGUUUCUCCCCCCAUACAAUCACACUCCAAAGAAGACGGUACUUCGGGUUAUUGACGCUGAGGCAUCUGAUGCCAGUACUAUGGAUUGCCCUACGAAAAAGAUGCCGGGGGCCUUUAUAGACUGA